GUAAUGCACCUUUAAAAGCAUAAGCCAGGACUUUAGCAUUUACUUAGGAUGAAGAUGUCAGGUUUAUCAAAGGAAGAGCUUCUCCUACUUGCACAGAACCACUAUGUUCUCAUCCUGAUUGCUGUGAUUUGCAUUGGAUUAACAUGUUUUCUAUUGAAAGGUCCAAGAAGGGUCUCCUCCAACAAACCUCACAUCCCUGGCCGCUUGGGAUUACCUUUCCUGGGCGAAACCUUUUCUUUAAUGUCAGCUACUAACAGCACAAAAGGAUGCUAUGAGUUUGUUAGACGCCGACGACUAUGGUAUGGGAAGUGGUUCAAGACAAGGAUAUUUGGCCAGAUCCAUGUGUUUAUUCCAAGCACUGAUGGUGCGAGAACAAUUUUUACAAAUGACUUUGUUAAUUUCAACAUGGGAUUUGUGAAAUCCAUGGCAGAUGCAACUGGGGAGAAGAGCUUAUUUAAUGUACCACAUGAAACCCAUAAAAGGAUUAGGCGUCUUCUGUCUGAUCCUUUCUCCAUGAAUUCCUUACCCAAGUUUCUAAAAAAUUUUGACAAGAUGUUAUGCCAAAGGCUCCAAAAAUUAGAAGAAGCUGGGAAAAGUUUUAAGCUGCUUCACUUUAGCAUGAAGGUAACCUUUGAUGCCAUGUGCGACAUGCUGAUAAGUGUUACAGAGGAUUCCUUGCUGCGACAGAUUGAAAAAGACUGCACAGAUGUCUCCAACGCCAUGUUAUCCUUUCCAGUGAUGAUUCCUGGCACCAGAUACUACAAAGGCAUAAAGGCACGUCAAAGGCUGAUGGAAACCUUGAGAGAGAUGAUUGCAAGACGGAGAACUGGAAAGGAGUCUUCUGAAGACUUUCUGCAGUCAAUGCUGCAAAGAGAUUCAUAUCCACCAGAUGAAAAGCUUGAUGAUUCAGAGUUAAUGGAUAACCUGGUGGUAUUGCUAAUAGCGGGACAGAUCACCACUUCAGCAGCAAUGAUGUGGAGUGUAAAGUUUUUGGAUGACAACAAAGAAGCGCAGGACAGGCUUAGGGAGGAACAAAUUUCAAUAGCCAGAAAUAAGCCAGAAGGAGCAUCACUUACCCUUGAGGAUCUCAACAGGAUGCCCUAUGGCUUAAAGGUUAUGAAAGAGACACUGAGAAUGUCAAAUGUCUUGUUGUGGUAUCCUCGUGUUGCACUUAAUGACUGCACAAUUGAAGGUUUUGAGAUAAAGAAAGGAUGGCAUGUAAACGUGGAUGCAACAUGCAUUCACUAUGAUCCUGAUUUGUACAAGAAUCCUCAGCAAUUCAAUCCUUCAAGAUUUGAUGAAAUGCAGAAACCAUAUAGUUUCAUACCUUUUGGGUCGGGACCAAGGACAUGCUUAGGAAUAAAUAUGGCAAGAGUGACAAUGCUCGCCUUUCUACACAGGCUGGCCAGUGGAUACAAGUGGACAGUGGAUGAUUUAGAUCCCUCCCUGGAAAAGAAAAUGCAUAUGCCUCGACUCAAAAGCGGCUGUCCAAUAACAUUGGAGGCCAUUAACAACAGCAAGCUUGAAUCUUCCAGUGUGAAGGAGUUCACUCGGCCUGCUGUGCUUGAGAGGCAUGGAUCAGAAAAGAAAAAUGCAUCAGAAAUCUAAGAAUGAUUCUGUCAAGCUAGCAAAAUCUUGAGCUCAGCAGUGUGAAUUAAGAGUAAUGAAUGUAGUGUAUCAACAAACAAUAGUAGUUUCCUGUUAACAGGGCAUCCUCAUUUUAAGUGGCAGAAACAAACAGCAGAUUAAAAGCUACUUUCCAAA